AUGCCUUAUACUGAACAGGAUCCUCUAUUACCAAGAGAUAAACCAUCACCAGAAAUUAACGGUUCAAGACCUCAAAGCAUCAAUGAUGUGGAACAGGAAGAUAGUCAUGGGAAACUACCAUUCAACGAUUUAAUGGCUGUGGUUCUGGGAUUAUGCUCGAUACUUAUACUAACGAUGUUGAUUUUACCAGAUGGCUUUAUCGAUGAUAUAUUUCAUCAUGGUUGGCCUUUUGGUCAUCAAGAACCGAAGACAAUUGAGGAGAGAGUCAAUAAAAUCUUGACCGAAACACCACUCAUAGAUGGACACAAUGAUCUUGCAAUUCUCAUACGAUCCGUCUAUCAGAAUCGUAUCUAUGAUGAGAAGUUUACAGAUUUAUUUGAAAAUGGUGGGAUGGAUUCUCACGUUGAUCUCCCUCGAUUGAAGGCUGGAAAGAAUGGAGGUGCUUUCUGGAGUGCAUAUGCUCCAUGUCCUUCAAAUUGGAGUGAUUUUUCCACUGAGAAUUAUGCCCAUUCCGUCACCUUUACUUUGACCCAACUUGAUCUGCUCACUCGUCUUCAAGCCGCCUAUCCCUCCCACUUCUCACUUCCUGGAAACAGUAGCACUGCUUUGACUGCUUUCCAGAAUGGUCAACUUAUAUCUCCAUAUAUCAUUGAAGGGCUUCAUCAAAUUGGAAACUCCAUGUCCAACCUCCGCCAGUACUACAAUCUGGGAGUCCGCUACGCAACCUUAACACACAAUUGCCACAAUCGAUAUGCAGAUGCUGCCCUGGUUGAAGUCUCUGGAGGUGGUAUCGAGAAAUCUAAACCUCAUUGGGGAGGGCUCUCUAUCGCUGGUCGUCAACUCAUCCAUGAGAUGAAUCGAUUAGGGAUGAUUGUUGAUCUAUCACAUACUAGUCAAGAUACGAUGCGAUCAGUUCUGGGCUGGGAAGCUGACUGGCCCGGCAGUCUCGCUCCAGUAAUAUUCAGUCAUUCAUCUGCCUAUUCGCUAUGUCCUCAUCCACGAAAUGUUCCCGAUGAUAUCUUACAACUCGUCAAGAAGCGCAAUUCUCUCGUCAUGGUCAAUUUCGCCCCAGACUUUGUAUCAUGCGUUGCGAAUCCAUCCAAUACAAAUGGGUUACCAGAUUACUAUCCAAUGAACUCAACGUUGGAGCAUGUGGCUAGACACGUCAUGUAUAUUGGUGAUCUUAUUGGAUUUGAUCACGUAGGGUUUGGCAGUGAUUUUGACGGUAUACCAGAUACACCACAGGGAUUGGACGACGUAAGCAAGUAUCCGGACUUAGUAGCCGAGCUUCUUAAACAGGGCGUCAGCGACAAAGAUGUUGCAAAUGUAGUAGGUAAAAACAUUUUAAGGGUUUGGAAAGAUGUUGAUGAGCUUGCCGCAAAGUUGCAGGCGAAGGGUGAAAAAUCUCUUGAGGAUGACCUUGCCUCACUCAUGCUCUAA